GUGGGGUCCCGCCCCCGACGCGACCUCGUCCUGUGGCACCGAUUGGUUGGCUUCUGUGCGUGAAGACGUUGCGUCGUGGGGCGGGGCGGAGGAGCGUUGUCCGUAGGGACUCAGCCCUGUGUCCUCGGCCACCGCCCCCGCUGCUGCCCUGUAUCCGCCCCUUGCCUACCUUUAGAGGGUACAGGCGACAGCAGUUUCUCUAGGUGGUCGAACAGCAGCCAAACGUCUCCAUCGAGCUGCCUUUUCUAGCUGGCGGCUCUUCUGGGCUGGGUCCGGGUCAGGGGGUGGGGAAAAAUGGCGCCGGCGCCCCAGGGCGUCCGGGAGGAGCCGCUGCUGGAGUGUGGGUCCGGACUGAUUUCCCGGCUGCUCUUCCUCGCCCAGGCAGUCCUCCUCCUGCUGCCGGCCGCUCGGGCAGGCCUCUGCCCCGCGCCCUGCUCCUGCCGCAUCCCUCUGUUGGAUUGCAGUCGCAGGAAACUGCCAGCGCCCAGCUGGAGGGCGCUGUCGAGCUCGCUGCCCCUCGACGCCGUCAGCCUGGAUUUGAGUCAUAAUCGGUUGUCUAACUGGAGCAUCAGUUUGGAAUCUCAAACAUUACAAGAAGUGAAAAUGAAUUAUAAUGAGCUAACUGAAAUCCCAUAUUUUGGAGAAACAACCACUAAUAUUACUCUUCUCUCAUUAGUCCAUAAUAUAAUCCCAGAAAUAAAUGCAGAAGCGUUCCAGUUUUACCCUGCACUCGAGAGUUUAGACCUCAGCUCAAAUAUAAUAUCAGAAGUCAAGACAUCUUCAUUUCCUCAAAUGCAGCUUAAAUACCUGAAUUUGAGCAAUAAUAGGAUAACCAUCUUGGAGGCUGGUUGCUUUGAUAAUUUGUCAAGUUCCUUAUUAGUGGUAAAGUUAAACAGGAACAGAAUUAGCAUGAUUCCACCCAAGAUCUUCAAGCUACCUCACCUCCAAUUCUUGGAACUUAAACGAAACAGGAUUAAAGUUGUGGAAGGUCUCACAUUCCAAGGUCUAGACUCCUUAAGAUCUUUGAAAAUGCAGCGGAAUGGAAUUAGCAAACUCAAGGAUGGAGCUUUUUUUGGCUUGGAUAACAUGGAAGAAUUAGAACUGGAGCAUAAUAACCUUACAGAAGUGAACAAGGGGUGGUUGUAUGGCUUGCGAAUGUUACAACAGCUCUAUGUGAGCCAGAAUGCUGUUGAAAGAAUCAGCCCUGAUGCAUGGGAGUUCUGCCAAAGACUGUCUGAACUUGAUUUGUCCUAUAACCAGUUGACCCGCCUGGAUGAGUCUGCCUUUGUGGGUCUGAGCUUACUGGAGAGAUUGAAUUUAGGGGACAACAGAGUCACUCACAUUGCUGAUGGUGUAUUUAGGUUUCUUUCCAAUCUUCAGACACUAAACUUAAGAAACAAUGAAAUUUCAUGGGCCAUAGAAGAUGCUAGUGAAGCCUUUGCUGGACUCACAAGUCUCACUAAAUUAAUCUUACAAGGAAAUCAGAUUAAGUCAAUUACAAAGAAAGCAUUCAUUGGUCUUGAAUCCCUUGAGCAUCUAGAUUUGAACAACAAUGCUAUAAUGUCUAUCCAAGAAAAUGCUUUUUCCCAGACUCGCUUGAAAGAACUAAUUCUGAACACAAGCAGUUUGCUCUGUGACUGCCAUUUGAAGUGGUUGCUUCAGUGGCUGGUUGAUAAUAACUUUCAACGUUCUGUGAAUGUAAGCUGUGCACACCCUGAAUGGCUAGCAGGGCAAAGCAUCCUGAAUGUGGAUCUGAAAGAUUUUGUCUGUGAUGAUUUUCUCAAGCCACAGAUAAGAACCCAUCCUGAAACCACAGUUGCUCUAAGAAGCAUGAAUGUGACUCUGACAUGCACUGCAGUGAGCAGCAGUGAUUCACCCAUGUCUACUGUGUGGCGCAAAGACAGUGAAAUCUUGUAUGAUGCUGAUAUUGAGAAUUUUGUUCGUUAUCAGCAACAAGCUGGAGAAGCUCUGGAAUAUACUAGUGUCUUACAUCUUUUCAAUGUAAAUUUCACAGAUGAAGGAAAAUAUCAGUGUAUUAUUACUAAUCACUUUGGUUCUAACUAUUCUCAUAAAGCCAAACUGACUGUGAAUGAGAUGCCAUCUUUUCUGAAAACUCCAAUGGAUCUAACUAUUCGCACUGGUGCCAUGGCCAGAUUAGAAUGUGCUGCAGAGGGGCACCCUGCACCUCAGAUUUCCUGGCAGAAAGAUGGUGGUACUGACUUUCCUGCGGCUCGAGAGAGACGCAUGCAUGUCAUGCCUGAGGAUGAUGUCUUCUUCAUUGCAAAUGUGAAAAUAGAAGACAUGGGGAUCUAUAGCUGCAUGGCACAGAACAUAGCAGGCGGCCUCUCAGCAAAUGCUUCAUUAAUCGUAUUAGAGACACCCUCAUUUAUUAGACCUCUGGAGGACAAGACAGUAACCCGAGGUGAAACUGCAGUAUUACAGUGCAUAGCUGGAGGGAGUCCUGCCCCUCGCCUCAACUGGACCAAAGAUGAUGGACCACUGCUGGUGACAGAACGGCACUUCUUUGCUGCAGCCAACCAGCUUCUCAUCAUUGUAGAUGCUGGGCUAGAAGAUGCUGGGAAAUAUACCUGCAUUAUGUCCAACACCCUUGGGACAGAACGUGGUCACAUUUACCUAAAUGUGAUUUCAACCCCCAAUUGUGACUCUUCCCAGAGUAGCAUUGGGCAUGAAGACGAUGGGUGGACCACAGUUGGCAUUGUCAUCAUUGUUGUGGUCUGCUGUGUUGUGGGUACCUCUUUGAUCUGGGUCAUUGUUAUUUACCACAUGAGAAGGAAAAGUGAAGACUAUAGUAUCACGAACACAGACGAGCUCAAUCUGCCUGCAGACAUUCCCAGCUACUUGUCUUCCCAAGGAACACUGUCUGAGCCACAGGAAGGCUACAGCAACUCUGAGGCAGGCAGUCAUCAGCAACUUAUGCCUCCUGCCAAUGGAUAUUUACACAAAGGCGCUGAUGGUGGCACUGGCACCCGGGUUAUCUGCUCAGAUUGUUAUGACAAUGCUAACAUCUACUCCCGGACCCGAGAAUACUGUCCAUACACCUAUAUUGCUGAAGAGGAUGUUCUAGAUCAGACACUGUCCAGCCUUAUGGUCCAGAUGCCCAAAGAGACUUAUUUGGCACAUCUUCCGCAAGAUGCCACCACCCUGGAGAGCCUGGUAUCAUCAGCAGAUAGAGAGAUCUCUGCCUUUCCCACCAACCAUGAGAGGAUAAAUGAGAAGAAACUUUCCUCCACACAGAAGAACAGUGAACCCUUGCAGCGGCCUCUGUGGAACAUAAACAAAGAACCAGGUAUGCCUCAUCCUCCUUUAUCGCAGCAGUCAGUCUUUGAGUCACCACAACUCCAUCAAAACGAGGGCCUGGCAGAGAGUGAUCCAGACUGUUCCACUUCCCCCAUGCCCUGUCACAGGUUACAUGACCACACUUUUGAUUUUAGUAGGACUCGGAACAUUCAAGAUGGCAGUGAGGGCACAUGAAACUCUCUCCAGAAGGAAAUCUGGGCAGACUCAAAUUAGUUGAUUUUGUAUUUACUACCUCAGAGUUCGGAAGAAACCCCAAAGUCAGCAUUUGCUUUGCUCUUUGUCUGCAGUUACAUCUGACCACAUCAAGGGGGGCCAGACAUUUGUUUGAGCUUACACUUGGCGAAGAAAGGGUAAUAAUGGCUGACAGAAAUGAGUACAUCUAAUAGAAAAUGUGCAACACAGGCGGAGGAAGAUAGAGGACAGAGUGCUGUCUUAUGGUUCUACUGGGAUGUGCCCAGGUGCGCAUUGCCUGUUAGGGAGAGUCUCAUUUCUGCUUAACACCCUGGAUUGUCUCAACCUACAGAGUGAUCCUGAGUAAACAACGCUGUUCUGUUUUGCCUUCCAAGGAACAAAAAUAACUUUGGAGCCCCCCGGGAAGUGUGCCUGGGAUUCUGCAGUGGUUUUAAUCCUAUAGUUGAGAGUGGGGCUUUGAUAUUCAAGGUCUCCGACAAGAAUCCCAGACUUGACCAACUAUUACUAGGUCGAGGGUUUUGUAUUCUUGUGAAUCUCUCUCUUUCUCUCUCUCUCUCUCUUUUUUUUUUUCGUCCCUAUCGCCCAGGGAUCUCACUGUAUAUAU